AUGCAGGCUGAGGAGCAAAUUCGGCGCACAACGCGGGCAAUUCGGCGGCUUUAUACCCGGGAGAAGCAGUGGCUCGGGUCGCGCUCCAGCGAACAGCUCGCUUUGCUGACACAGGAGGGCGAGCUGCAGCUGAGCGAGCAGCUGCACUAUGGCGAAGUAGCAUUCCUCGUGCUGGGCCUCAAGCCAUGCGUCAUCCUCGACUAUGCGGGCGACCGCACGCAGCUGGCCGACUACAUCACGUCAGUCAUCCAGCCGUCGUUGCGCGAGCUGAACGAGGUGGGCCGGCAGAGCAAGCACUUGCCGAUCACCAACACGAGUGGAGAGUACCCGCGCCAGUUCAACCUGGUGUGCAGGCGGAUUGACGGCGAGCUGGCGAGUCCCGAGGUUCCUAAUUGGACGGGCGCAUAUGCGCUGUAUGAUGCGGCGUGGGAGGAGUCAGAGGUGUGGACGAAGGAGCACCUGCUGAACCCCGAGACCAAGUUUGUCAGCGAGAACGAGCUGGCCAAGGGCCUGGACUACCCUGGCUCUCUACCGAAUUCCGUGCAGGAUGCGCGGUCGAUUGUGCCUGUAUCAUACUUGGGUCGCAUGAAGUAA